AUGGCGCGAGUGGUCUUUUUUCGACACAGCAUUUCCGGAAGACAAGGUGGGUCCGUCGCUGUACGUGGUGCUACAAGAUUGUCAAGCAUAAGAGUGCGAAAUCAGCCAUUGUUACGUCAGUGGGACCAGUGUAGGCAUGGGCGCAGCGGUGCAGUCCUUGAUUUCUGUGGUGCGUAUGAACCAAACGCAAUAACAAAUCCACGUUUCUUCCCAGCCGGCGCAAAUAAUGCAGGCUCCUUCCGUGCUUUUAGCUCGGAAGCCGCUGCGGUGCAAGCGACGCAACGCCCACGCGGAUCGCGGUUCAUGAAAGGAGUUUUUGGAAUCGGUGCCGGCGUCGGAGCGGGCGUGCUGUAUUGCAAGUACAAGAAUGAAGAGGCGCUGGCGAAAUCAGCGGAGCUGCGAAAAACCGUAAUCGAGGAGCGAAUUCCGUCCCGGGACGAGGUAUUGACAAGGAUUACUCGUUUGGGUGUAGCUUUACUUGCGGUACGUAGCUUUCAUUCUUGAAUUGCUGUUUUCGUAUGCAUUUCCUACUUAUGAUGAUGCUGGCCUACAACAAGGACGUAUUUAUUGCCGUUUUCCUCUAUGCAGAUGCUGGCGCGGCUGGACGCGGAGGAGUUUGAUGUUUUGGUAGUCGGCGGGGGUGCCACCGGUGCGGGACUGGCGCUCGACGCCACCACCCGUGGCUUGACGACCGCCUGUGUCGAACAAGAGGAUUUCGCCAGCGGAACGAGUUCCAAGAGCACGAAGCUCCUCUGGGCCGGAUCCCGGUACCUGGUCAAGGCGCUGGUGUCCCUCUUCCAGCCCGGGAGUCUUUUGGCGCCGGCGGACGCAGUGUCGGAAUUCACGUCGACCUUCAACAUGGUGCUGGGCUGCUUCCUAUCAAAUGCAAAAAUGUCUGGGUCUGAAAGAUUGCCAGGCUUGUCAUGCAUAUUUUGAAUGACCCAUGAUAUCUGUGAUGCAUGCCCUAGCAUCACAGAUUUUCAGAGGACUUUGUGAUGCCUCUACCGCAUGAGAAACGCCCGCUCCGCGUAGCACGAACUGGAGUUCUCUUGCUGGUCAUGCAACAAAAAUUUUUUUAGGAUCCAGAGACAGCAUUACAAGUUUAGAAUCUUCCAGACCCAGACACAUUUGCAUUUCAUACUUCCGCGAGCGCUCCUACAUGCUGCAGCUGAACAGCCACCUGACCUAUUGGGUCCCGGUUGCCGUACCGAUCAAGCACUGGGUCAUCUGGCCGCCCCCCUUCGGCUACCCGCCCGCGGCGAUCGGGCCGGCCUGCGGGCUCUACAGCUUCUUCUUCAAGGGCUACGACGCGCUCGGGUAUUUCGCCGCUCCCAGCAGCUACACGAUCUUCCCGCGAAAGCUGCAGGAGGCUUUCCCGCAAAUGGACGCACCGAGACUCAAAUACGCAAAGUAACGAUGAGAUCCUUUACUUCAAUAGACUUUUGCUUUUCGGUUCGUGAUUUAGUAUCUCCCUGUGGAGCGAUAGUUAGAAGAACACCUCACCGACGUAAGUAGUUGGAGCAAUGUCUUUGGAACAAAAUAGCCACACAGCUGAACUGUUUCUGACUAUUGUUAUUGACAACAUUUUUUACAACACGAUAGAGACGCAUUGUACGCUCACUUGUGUCGCGCGUGUUUUCUGUUUGUCAAGAAAUGUGAAGUUAUUCAUCCCUCAUAAAAACCAGCGUCUUUUACGAGGGGGCACACAACGACGCCCGCACGAACCUCGCGAUUGCGUGCACCGCCAUGCUGAAGGGCGCCGCGGUCACGAACUACACAGUCGUAGAGAAGAUCGUCUUCGACAAGAACGGCCACGCGCGCGGUGCCGUCUGCCGGGACGCGUUGAGCGGUAAGAAAGUGCAGAUCCGCGCUAAAAAGAUUAUUUACUGUGCCGGGCCGUUUACGGACGACGUGCGCAAGUUGUCCGAGGGCCUGACGCCCGAGGAGGCGAAGAAGUUCCAGCCCUGCGUGACCGGCGCGGGCGGCACACACAUCGUGCUCCCCGAGAACUUCUGUCCGCGGGACCUCGGCAUGUGCGACAUGCAGACCUCCCGGGGCAGCUUCAUGUUCUACCUCCCGUGGCAGGGCCACACGCUCGUCGGUACAACCGACGUGAAGACGUCGAACCCGGAGCUGCACCCAGCAGUCCCCGAGGACGACGUGGAAUACUUGUUGAUAUCCAGGGAAAAUAUGUUUGGGUCUGGAAGAAUGCAAGCCUUGUCGUGCGAGUCGCCGACCACAUGAUCACACAUGGCUGUCUGGAAAAAUGCACCCAGACGCAUCACAGACUUUGCGAGGCCUUCAAACUCGUGCUGCCUACGCCGCAUGAGAAUGCAUGCAACACAUCGAUCGGGACCACUUCGCAUGACACGCUCCGUCCUCUGAGACCCAGAAUAAUAUUUGCAGUGCAUAGCUGAAAGAGAGCUGCAAGUACCUGGCGCCGAGCAUGCAUCCCCGGCGCGAGGACGUCUUGUCCGCGUGGUACGGGACCCGGCCGCUCGCCAAGGACCCGAACGACUUAUGAAUUGCAAAAGUGUUGCACUCGCAGUGAUUGCAAUACUGCAUGACAGAGCCGCCUUAUCUAUCACCUAAAAAUGCAUGACCAAUUUCAAUUUCAUUCUUCUUGUGAUAGAUAAAUGUGGUUUGUGAUGCAAUCACGACUACGUGCGACGCAAUGCUUUUGCCAUGCAUACGACACCAGCACCACCAACGCGUCCCGGGACCACACUGUUAGCUAUAACGCGCAGAACGACGUGACCUUCGUGAGUGGCGGGAAGUGGACGACCUGGCGCGAGAUGGCGGAGGACGCCUUGGACAAGGUGUUGCUCCGCUCCGACGAGGCGCUCCAGGCCAAGGCCGGCCCUUGCGUCACCCUGGACACGCCCCUGCUCGGUGCCGGACGAAACGGGGAUUUCGCUCCGCAGGGGUGGACGCCCACGCUCUCCGCGAUAUGCAUUGCAAAUUAUGUGUCUGGGUCUGGGAAACUGCAAGUCGGUGACGCUAAGUCUGUGUCUGGUUGACACAACUUCUGUUUAACGUGACAACCGCCUGCAUGGUUCCAGACCCAGACAUAUUUGUAGUGGAUACGCGGCGCUCGCUCGCCAAUUCCGCCUGCCACCGGACCAAGCUGCCCAUCUGGUUCGAAUUGGUUUUUCUGGUUACAACACAACAGCUCUUUUACUUCUUCAGCUGUUGUACUAGUGGUAGUGCUUUUGGCGAUUUUUGUCGUUGUACUAAGAGAGAAGAUCUGGUCUUAGUACGCACGAACUUGUUACGCCUCAUUGUUGGUCGGUGUUUUCUAUCGUGCAUCAAAAAUAAAUGAUCAGAGCAGACGGAGUUAGCUUUACUAGCGCGUUGAUUUUUUUUUUUGGGACAGCUCCGCCGCAUUGACGGAUGAAUGUAUCAUAGCUCUACGGUCUCUCAGGUUAACACGUACGGAACGCGGGCCGCGGACGUGCUGGCGCUCGAGAAAGCAAAGAUCGGGAAGACGGAAGACGGAAACUACGCUUCCUAUCCCCUCCUGACGAGCAGCCCGAACUGUCCCUUCCUCGAGUGCGAGGUGCGCUACGCCGUCCAAACCGAACACGCAUGCACCGCUGCCGACAUUCUCGCACGAAGAACCAGGUAUUCAUUUAUUGCAUUUGUCGACAGCUUGCCUCGCAGCUACGUACCAGGACAUUUCAUUUUGCAUUUGUCGAAGUGAAGUCCCUCGCUCCUCGAAUCCCACCCUACUCGACAAAGAAGAAGUGAGCGAACAUUUCGAACGUACGUCCUUCUGUCGUGGGUUCGCUUGUUGCUUCUCCUUUUCUAUCGUCGAAGAGUAUCUUAAUUUUGUAUCGGAGAGAAAAUCAUUCACCGCACGCCCACCGUCUCCGUCAGAUUUUGAAUUUGUCAGUAUGACAACAGAGUUUUGGUUUUCAUCAAUCAUGAUACUUACGAUUUAUCCACUAUUGUGAUAGAUUGACUCGUCACGAGGAAAAAACUAAAACAGGCUGGCCUUUGUGAAUUCCAACGCCGCGCAUUUAGCGGUGGGCCGUGUGGUUGACAUCAUGGGUGAAGAGCUCGGGUGGAACUCGAGCCGUAAGCAGCAGGAAGUCGACGCCUGCCACGCUGUUCUGACAAAGGACUUCCUCGGACCCGUUCCGAGAAAGUAA